CGACCGGCGGGGCCAACCGAGAGGGAGAGGAGGGGGCGAGAGACAGGAAGGAAGCAAACCAUCAAAUUUAAGAAAAAGCCCUUUGACUUUUCCCCCUCUCCCUCGCCAAUGGCUGUGUAGCAAAUAUCCCCGACGAUACCUUGGAAGGGACGAAGUAGUUCUGCAAUCGCGAUUUCGUGGGUUGAGUUCACAGUUGUGAGUGCGGGGCUCGGAGAUGGAGCGGUGGUCCUCUAGGUGGAAAACGAAACGGUGGCUCUGGGAUUUCACCAUAACAACUCUCGCACUGACUUUCCUCUUCCAGGCUAGAGAGGUCAGAGGAGCUGCUCCAGUUGAUGUACUAAAAGCUCUAGAUUUUCACAAUUCUCCAGAGGGAAUAUCAAAAACAACGGGCUUUUGCACAAACAGGAAGAAUUCAAAAGGUUCAGAUACUGCUUACAGAGUUUCAAAGCAAGCACAACUUAGUGCCCCAACGAAACAAUUAUUUUCAGGGGGAACUUUUCCAGAAGAUUUUUCAAUAUUAUUUACAAUAAAACCCAAAAAAGGAAUUCAGUCUUUCCUUUUAUCUAUAUAUAAUGAGCAUGGUAUUCAGCAAAUCGGUGUUGAGGUUGGGAGAUCACCCGUUUUCCUAUAUGAAGACCACACUGGUAAACCUGCCCCAGAAGACUAUCCCCUCUUUAGAACUGUCAACAUUGCAGAUGGAAAGUGGCACCGGGUAGCAAUCAGCGUGGAGAAGAACACUGUGACAAUGAUUGUUGACUGUAAGAAGAAAACUACAAAACCACUUGACAGAAGUGAGAAAGCAGUUGUUGACACCAAUGGAAUUAUGGUUUUCGGGACAAGGAUUUUGGAUGAAGAAGUUUUUGAGGGGGACAUCCAGCAGUUGUUGAUCAUAGGUGACCCCAAAGCAGCAUAUGACUACUGUGAGCAUUACAGUCCAGACUGUGAUUCCUCAGCUCCCAAGGCUGCUCAGGCUCAGGAACCCCAGGUCGAUGAGUAUGCACCUGAGGAUAUAAUGGAAUAUGACUAUGAGUAUGGGGAAGCAGAAUAUAAAGAGGCUGAAAGUGUAACAGAGACACCCACUAUAACUGAGGAGACAAUAGCACAAACCGAGGCAAAUAUUGUUGAUGAUUUUCAAGAAUACAACUAUGGGACAGAAAGUUACCAGACAGAAGCUCCUAGGAGUGUAUCUGGAUCAAAUGAGCCAAAUCCAGUUGAAGAAGUAUUUACUGAAGAAUAUCUAACUGGAGAGGAUUAUGAUUCCCAGAGGAAAAAUUCUGAGGAUAUGCUAUAUGAAAACAAACAAAUAGACGGCAGGGACUCUGAUCUUCUGGUAGAUGGAGAUUUAGGCGAAUAUGAUUUUUAUGAAUAUAAGGAAUAUGAAGAUAAACCAACAAGCCCCACUAAUGAAGAAUUUGGUCCAGGUGUUCCAGCAGAAACAGAUAUCACAGAAGCAAGUAUAAAUGGCCAUGGUGCAUAUGGAGAAAAAGGACAGAAAGGAGAACCAGCAGUAGUUGAACCUGGCAUGCUUAUUGAAGGACCACCAGGGCCUGCAGGACCUGCGGGUCUUAUGGGUCCUCCAGGUCUACAAGGCCCCACUGGACCCCCUGGUGACCCUGGCGAGAGGGGUCCUCCAGGACGUCCUGGUUUACCAGGGGCUGAUGGUCUACCUGGUCCUCCUGGUACCAUGUUAGUAUUACCGUUUCGCUAUGGUGGCGAUAGUUCCAAAGGACCAACCGUCUCUGCUCAGGAAGCUCAGGCCCAGGCCAUUCUUCAGCAGGCUCGGAUUGCUCUGAGAGGUCCACCUGGCCCAAUGGGUCUGACUGGAAGACCAGGUCCUGUGGGUGGACCUGGUUCUUCUGGGGCCAAAGGUGAGAUGGGCGAUCCAGGUCCUCAGGGUCCACGUGGUGUCCAAGGUCCUCCUGGUCCAACAGGAAAACCUGGAAAAAGGGGUCGUCCGGGUGCUGAUGGAGGAAGAGGAAUGCCAGGAGAACCCGGGGCCAAGGGGGAUCGAGGAUUUGAUGGACUUCCAGGUCUGCCAGGUGACAAGGGUCACAGGGGUGAACGAGGUCCUCAAGGUCCUCCUGGUCCUCCUGGUGAAGAUGGAAUGAGGGGAGAAGAUGGAGAAAUAGGACCAAGGGGUCUUCCAGGUGAAGCUGGUCCCCGAGGUUUGCUAGGACCAAGAGGAACUCCAGGACCUAUUGGACAGCCUGGUAUAGCAGGUGUGGAUGGCCCCCCAGGACCAAAAGGGAACAUGGGUCCUCAAGGGGAGCCGGGACCUCCUGGUCAGCAAGGAAACCCAGGACCUCAAGGUCUUCCUGGUCCACAAGGUCCAAUUGGUCCUCCCGGUGAAAAAGGUCCACAAGGAAAACCAGGGCUUGCAGGACUUCCUGGUGCUGAUGGGCCUCCUGGUCAUCCUGGAAAAGAAGGCCAGUCUGGAGAAAAAGGUUCUCUGGGCCCUCCUGGUCCACAGGGUCCCAUUGGCUACCCUGGUCCCCGAGGAGUAAAGGGAGCAGAUGGUGUCAGAGGUCUCAAGGGCUCUAAAGGUGAAAAGGGUGAAGAUGGUUUUCCAGGAUUCAAAGGUGACAUGGGUCUCAAAGGUGAUAGAGGAGAAGUUGGUCAAGUAGGUCCAAGAGGAGAGGAUGGCCCUGAAGGCCCCAAGGGUCGAGCUGGUCCAACUGGAGACCCUGGUCCUCCUGGUCAAGCAGGAGAGAAGGGGAAACUUGGCGUUCCAGGAUUACCAGGAUAUCCAGGAAGACAAGGUCCAAAGGGUUCCACUGGAUUUCCUGGGUUUCCAGGUGCCAAUGGAGAGAAAGGUGCCCGGGGCGUAGCUGGCAAACCAGGUCCUCGGGGUCAGCGUGGUCCAACGGGACCUCGAGGUUCAAGAGGAGCAAGAGGUCCCACUGGGAAACCAGGUCCAAAGGGCACUUCAGGUGGUGAUGGCCCUCCUGGCCCUCCUGGUGAAAGAGGUCCUCAAGGACCUCAAGGUCCAGUUGGAUUCCCUGGACCAAAAGGCCCUCCAGGACCACCUGGGAAAGAUGGCCUGCCAGGACACCCUGGGCAACGUGGAGAGACUGGAUUUCAAGGCAAGACCGGCCCUCCUGGGCCAGGGGGUGUUGUUGGACCACAGGGACCAACUGGUGAGACUGGUCCAAUAGGUGAACGUGGACAUCCUGGCCCUCCUGGCCCUCCUGGGGAGCAAGGUCUUCCUGGUGCUGCAGGAAAAGAAGGUGCAAAGGGUGACCCAGGUCCUCAAGGUGUCUCAGGGAAAGAUGGACCAGCAGGACUACGUGGUUUCCCAGGUGAAAGAGGGCUUCCUGGAGCUCAGGGUGCACCUGGACUGAAAGGAGGAGAAGGCCCCCAGGGCCCACCAGGUCCAGUUGGCUCACCAGGAGAACGUGGAUCAGCAGGAACAGCUGGCCCAAUUGGUUUGCCAGGGCGGCCAGGACCCCAGGGUCCCCCUGGUCCAGCUGGAGAGAAAGGUGCUCCAGGAGAAAAAGGUCCCCAGGGUCCUGCAGGGAGGGACGGAGUACAGGGCCCUGUGGGUCUCCCGGGGCCUGCGGGGCCUGCUGGCUCCCCUGGAGAAGAUGGAGACAAGGGUGAAAUUGGUGAACCAGGACAAAAAGGCAGCAAGGGUGACAAAGGAGAAAACGGUCCUCCUGGUCCCCCAGGUCUUCAAGGUCCAGUUGGUGCCCCUGGAAUUGCUGGAGGUGAUGGUGAGCCCGGUCCCAGAGGUCAGCAGGGGAUGUUUGGACAAAAAGGUGAUGAGGGUGCCAGAGGUUUCCCAGGACCUCCUGGUCCCAUAGGUCUUCAGGGUCUUCCAGGCCCACCCGGUGAAAAAGGAGAAAAUGGGGAUGUUGGUCCCAUGGGUCCACCUGGUCCUCCAGGCCCAAGAGGUCCUCAAGGUCCUAAUGGAGCUGAUGGACCACAAGGACCCCCAGGAUCCAUUGGCUCAGUUGGUGGUGUUGGAGAAAAGGGUGAACCAGGAGAAGCAGGGAACCCAGGGCCUCCUGGGGAAGCAGGCACAGGUGGUCCCAAAGGAGAAAGAGGAGAGAAAGGAGAAGCUGGUCCACCGGGUGCUGCUGGACCUCCUGGUGUUAAGGGACCGCCAGGUGACGAUGGCCCUAAGGGUAAUCCGGGUCCUGUUGGUUUUCCUGGAGAUCCUGGUCCCCCUGGUGAGCCUGGCCCUGCAGGUCAAGAUGGUGUUGGUGGUGACAAGGGUGAAGAUGGAGAUCCUGGACAACCGGGUCCUCCUGGCCCAUCUGGUGAGGCUGGCCCACCAGGUCCUCCUGGUAAAAGAGGUCCUCCUGGAGCUGCAGGGGCAGAGGGAAGACAAGGUGAAAAAGGAGCUAAGGGAGAAGCAGGAGCUGAGGGUCCUCCAGGAAAAACUGGCCCGGUUGGUCCUCAAGGACCGGCUGGAAAGCCUGGUCCAGAGGGUCUUCGGGGCAUCCCUGGCCCUGUGGGAGAACAAGGUCUCCCUGGAGCCGCAGGCCAAGAUGGGCCACCUGGUCCUUUGGGACCUCCUGGCUUACCUGGUCUCAAAGGUGACCCUGGCUCCAAGGGUGAAAAGGGACAUCCUGGUUUAAUUGGCCUAAUUGGUCCUCCAGGAGAACAAGGUGAAAAGGGUGACAGAGGACUCCCUGGAACUCAAGGAUCUCCAGGAGCAAAGGGAGAUGGAGGAAUUCCAGGUCCUGCCGGUCCCAUAGGUCCACCUGGUCCUCCGGGCUUACCAGGUCCUCAAGGUCCAAAGGGCACUAAAGGCUCAACGGGCCCUGCUGGCCAGAAGGGUGACAGUGGUCUUCCAGGACCUCCUGGGCCUCCAGGUCCACCAGGUGAAGUCAUACAGCCUUUACCAAUCUUGUCACCCAAGAAAACAAGAAGACAUGCUGAAAGCAUGCAAGCAGACGCAGGUGAUAAUAUUCUGGAUUACAAUGAUGGAAUGGAGGAAAUAUUUGGUUCCCUCAAUUCUUUGAAACAAGACAUCGAGCAUAUGAAGUUUCCAAUGGGGACACAGACCAAUCCAGCCCGAACUUGCAAAGAUCUGCAACUCAGCCACCCUGACUUCCCAGAUGGUGAAUAUUGGAUUGAUCCCAACCAAGGUUGCUCAGGAGAUUCUUUCAAAGUUUACUGUAAUUUCACGUCUGGUGGUGAGACUUGCAUUUAUCCAGACAAAAAAUCGGAGGGAGUAAGAAUUUCAUCAUGGCCAAAGGAGAAACCAGGAAGCUGGUUUAGUGAAUUUAAGAGAGGAAAACUGCUUUCAUAUUUAGAUGUUGAAGGCAAUUCCAUUAAUAUGGUGCAAAUGACAUUCCUGAAACUGCUGACUGCCUCUGCUCGGCAAAAUUUCACCUACCACUGUCAUCAGUCGGCGGCCUGGUAUGACGUGUCAUCAGGAAGCUAUGACAAAGCACUUCGGUUCUUGGGAUCAAAUGAUGAGGAGAUGUCCUAUGACAACAACCCUUACAUCAAAGUCCUAUUUGAUGGCUGUGCGUCCAGAAAAGGCUAUGAAAAGACUGUGAUUGAAAUCAAUACACCGAAAAUUGAUCAAGUACCUAUCGUUGAUGUAAUGAUCAAUGACUUUGGUGAUCAGAAUCAGAAGUUUGGAUUUGAAGUUGGUCCUGUUUGUUUUCUUGGCUAAGAUUAGGACAAAGAACAUAUGAAAUCAACAGAAAAUAUACCUUGGUACCACCAACCCAUUUUAUGCCACAUGCAAGUUUUGAAAAAGAAUGGUAUAGAAAACAACUUGCUACAUAUGUAUGUACCAAUUAGGAAAUAUCAAUGCUCUUGUGGGCACAGAACCACAUGACAAAACUUUGAAAAUCAUAAAAAUAUAAGAUAGUGUGGCUGAGAUGGAAACAGGCCUUAUUCUUGAAUCCCAAUUUUCAUCUCUCCUUUUCCUAUUUGGAUUUCUUUGGUGCUGUAGAAAAAAAAAAAAAGAGAAAAAUAUAUAUUCAUAAAAGAUAUGGUGCUCAUUCCCAUCCAUCAAGGAUGUGCUAAAACAAUGUGUUUAAUAAAUUGUAAUUUUAUGUACAGUUCUAUACUGUUAUCUUAUGUGUCCAUUUCCAAAACUUGCACGUGUCUCUGAAUUCCAUCUGACUCUAAUUUUAUGACAAUUGCAGAACUAUGAUGGCAAUAAAUAUAUGUAUUAUGAAAAAUAAAACUGUAAUUUCUGGUGGCUCUAAUUCCCUUUCUUUGAUGAAUAAUAAAAUGCCUUUGUAUAUA